AUGUACGACUCAGACGUCAACGAAGUCGAAACUACCGAAUUCACUGCCAUCCAUGCUCGUGUCCGUACAUGUGGCCGAUGUACCGAAUACGGCUACUACUGUGGCUACCAACGCCAAGCUAAGAAGCGCGGCCGUGUAGCCCUCAAGGACAGGAAGGAAGCAACCUCGUCCUCUGACGCCAGCCCCUCGGCCGGCAACGACCCUCCGUCACCAGCUGACUCGAGUCGCCAUGCCCAACUGCCACAAGCAAGACCUCUUUCUCAAUCGAGGGCCCCAGAGACGUCAUGCACUACUCCCCAGCCGCAGCAGCACCUCUUCUCCGCCUACCCUCCCACUCCCUCCGUCAACUACGACCCCCCCGGCAGAAUAAACCGGCAGCCAUCGCCUUCAUCUCCCAGCGCAUCCGGGUGUCGCUAUCCCUGUCUGGAACCUCUCCUACCUUAUACAUCAAGGGAUAUUCCCAUAUCAGUGGUAUGCGACCUGUUUGAGAACUACCUCUUAGACCCUGGCGCCUCGCUUUUCCGUUUCUCCUCGCCAUACAUCCUGACUAGGGUGUUUCGGAUGAGGUCACUCCUGGGUCCGAAGCCACGUCCCACUUCACCUGCUCUGUUGGCUACUGUCUUGUGGUGCUGUGCGCAGACGGCAGAUAUCUCCGUGUUACUCGUGCCCGGGGCCAGGGCGAAGCUGACCAAUACCCUCUAUGAGAUGGCAACCUAUCUCAUCUCAGCGCGGGAUCCAGAUAGAUGGAGGCGCACUCAUGGCGGGAUCCAACCCGAACACGAUGGUGAACCGGGCCACAUACUCCCCAACCACGAACCAAAUGUCGACGACGUCCUCACAUUCAUCCUCCUCUGCAUCGGUGUGUCAGCUGGAGACUUCAAGUCCGACUGUCACAAAUGGUGGAGCAAGGCCCAGAGACUCACCCUAUCCAUGGGUUUGAACCGCCUGGACAAUCCAGACAACAACACUAUUCUGCCGCAAUCCCGCACCGAAGUCGAGACCCAAGAGGAGAAACGCCGCGUCUUCUGGCUUCUUUACUCAUUGGAUCGCCAUCUCGCUCUCUCCUGCAAUCCACCUUUGCCGGAAAGCAUAUGGGAAGCUCUUGACGAGGUAGAUGUAUUACCGCCACGAGUGAUGGGCCCACCCGUCAUGAUCACCGGCACCGGGAUAUUCGAGUAUUUCCUCCCGCUGAUGGUAGUACUCGGCGACAUCAUCGAGGUCCAUCACGGACAAUACCACCCACGUCUAGGUGAAAUGGACAAGAGGUAUGCCGAAGGCGUUAUAUACGACCUUAUAGCAGGGUGUAAGGCUAGUCUGGAGAGCCUGGCACGCGAAGUCAACCAGCAACCCCGAGAACAGCUGCAGACACACUCGUCUAUGCGCAUUAGUACACUCGUGUCCUCCAACGAUGAAUCACAUCAGGAACAGCAGCGGCAAGACAAUCACGUUCAUAACGUCAGCCUGGUCAUCGCCUACAGCAGCUUUAUACUACACGUUCUGCACGUUUUAUUCCACGGGCAAUGGGAUGCCAUAAGCAUGCUGGACAACGAAGAUGACUGGAUCACCACCCCACGCUUCGCCCAGUGCGCAUACCACGCCAUCGAGGCGUCCGAAGCAGUCGCAGAAAUACUUCACCUCGACCCAGAGCUUACCUUUAUGCCCUACCUCUUCGGCAUAUACCUCCUCCAUGGGAGCUUCAUCCUCCUCCUGUUUGCAGACAGGAUGCCCCAGCUCGGGCAGAAUCAGAGCGUCGAGCAGGCUUGUGAGACUAUCAUUCGAGCUCAUGAAAGAAAUUUUCGUCGAGUUCUCAGAUCAACCCUGUACAAUGUCCGUGGUGGCAGUCCCAACAGUCUAGAAGAGCACCGCCUGGCCAGACGGCAGGUUCUUUCCCUGUAUCGGUGGAACAGGGGAGCCAGCGGACUUGGGAUCUAG